AUGGUCGAUGCCAAGGGAAGGAACAUGAAAUGUCUGACUUUCUUCUUAAUGCUUCCUGAGUCAGUGAAAAGCAAGUCAAGUAAAAGCUCCAAGAAGGGGAAUGCCAGCGGCAGCUCCAAGCUGCCCCCAGUCUGUUAUGAGAUAAUCACUCUGAGGAGCAAGAAGAAGAAGAAGAUGGCAGCAGACAUUUUUCCCACCAAAAAGCCGGCAUCCACCACCACAGUGCAACAGUACCAGCAGCAGAACCUCAACAACAACAACACCAUACAAAACUGUAACUGGCAGGGACUCUACUCCACUAUAAGAGAAAGAAAUUCAGUAAUGUUCAACAAUGAGCUGAUGGCAGAUGUUCACUUUGUGGUGGGUCAGCCUGGAAGGACUCAGCGGCUGCCAGGACACAGGUAUGUGUUGGCUGUGGGCAGCUCGGUGUUCCAUGCCAUGUUUUAUGGUGAACUUGCUGAGAACAAGGAUGAAAUCCAUAUACCAGAUGUGGAACCAGCAGCAUUUCUGGCAAUGCUGAAGUAUAUUUACUGUGACGAAAUUGACCUGAGUGCUGACACAGUGUUGGCCACUCUUUACGCUGCCAAGAAGUACAUUGUCCCUCACCUGGCACGUGCCUGCGUCAACUUCCUGGAGACCAGCCUUAGUGCCAAGAACGCCUGCGUGCUACUCUCCCAGAGCUGCCUGUUUGAGGAGCCAGAGCUGACACAGCGCUGCUGGGAGGUGAUUGAUGCCCAGGCCGAGCUGGCGUUACGCUCGGAGGGCUUCUGCGACAUUGAUGCCCAGACCCUGGAGAGUAUCCUACAGCGAGAGACACUCAACGCUAAAGAGAUAGUGGUAUUUGAGGCUGCACUAAACUGGGCUGAGGCUGAGUGCCAGAGACAGGAGCUCACCUCUUCCACUGACAACAAGCGGAAAGUUUUGGGUAAGGCCAUGUACCUGAUACGCAUCCCUACAAUGGCUCUGGAUGAUUUUGCCAAUGGAGCAGCCCAGUCGGGCGUGUUGACGCUAAAUGAGACCAAUGACAUCUUCCUGUGGUACACGGCCGCCAAGAAGCCUGACCUGCAGUUUGUCAGUCAGGCAAGGAAGGGCCUGACACCCCAGCGCUGCCACAGAUUCCAGUCCUGUGCCUACCGAAGCAAUCAGUGGCGCUAUCGGGGCCGCUGUGACAGUAUACAGUUUGCAGUGGAUAAAAGGGUUUUCAUCGCUGGGUUUGGACUUUAUGGAUCUAGCUGUGGCUCCGCAGAGUACAGUGCCAAGAUUGAGCUGAAACGUCAGGGAGUACUGCUGGGACAAAACCUCAGCAAAUAUUUCUCUGAUGGCUCCAGCAACACCUUCCCAGUGUGGUUUGAGUAUCCAGUCCAGAUCGAGCCUGACACAUUCUACACUGCCAGCGUGGUUCUCGAUGGGAACGAGCUGAGCUACUUUGGACAGGAAGGAAUGACGGAGGUACAGUGUGGGAAAGUGACAUUUCAAUUCCAGUGCUCCUCAGAUAGCACCAACGGCACCGGGGUGCAGGGCGGCCAGAUUCCUGAACUUAUCUUCUAUGCUUGA